UAAAUUGCUCCGUGGUUGGCAAAGUUGAGUAUUGCGUGUCUUUAUUUCAGAGUUUCACGUAUUGGAGCUUUGGAUUGGUUGGCAAAGCAAAGUUAUAUAUGGCACUGGCGUUUGUCGGAUCGGCUGCUCUGGGAGCAGCAUUUGGAGAGGCAUUUGCUGUGUUGUAUUCAACGGUUAAGGAUGUGAUAACCAAAACCCUUGCAUUCAAAUCCAUUCUCCAACAACUGAAAAGCACGCUAGAUGUGUUGGAUCCACUGGUUAAAGAUAUACAACAAUCAAACAGAGAAUUGGGUCGGUCAGAGAAGGAAACACAUGACCUUAUCCAACAAAUGAAGAAGGGCGAGAAGCUCGUAAGUAAGUACUCGAACCUUACAGGGUGGAAACACUUCGUGAGAUACCAUUAUGCGAACAAGCUUCGCAGUUUGGACGAGGCCCUUUGCAGGUUCUUUCAGAUUCAUAUACCAGCAUGGGGUUUGAGGAAUGGGAUAGAGGUUUUGAGGGGGGUGAAUCAUCUUUGUGCGCAGAUGAAUUCGGCUGGGAUAAACGGUGUGUUGCCGUGUGCGGUUCCUGAACCCCCUGAUUUUACUGUUGGAUUGGAUGUGUCUUUGAAGGAAUUGAAGAUGGAGCUGCUGAAAAAAGAGGUACUCAUGCUGGUGUUGACUGCUCCUGGAGGAUGUGGGAAGACCACAUUGGUUAAAAUGCUCUGUCAGGAUGAGGACAUCAAAGGCAAAUAUGAGAUUUUCUUUGUCAUCGUUACAAAAACUCCAAACCUGAAGGACAUUAUACGAAGGAUUUUUCGCCAUAAGGGUGAUCGAGCUCCUGAGUUUCAAAGUGAUGAAGAUGCAAUUAACCAUCUGAAGCAACUGCUGAAUCGAAUUACGCAACAAAAUCCUAUAUUGUUGAUCCUGGAUGAUGUCUGGUCUGGAUCAGAAUCCCUCCUUGAGAUGUUUAAGUUCCACAUGACAAGUUACAAGAUUCUAGUAACUUCAAGAACUGCAUUUCCAAGGUUUAGCUGUAAAUAUAAGUUAGAACCUUUAAGUGAUGAGGAUGCAACAAAACUUUUUCGCCACUCAGCAAUUCUGCAAGAUGGGAACUCUUACAUUCCGGAUGAUGAUACUGUCAGAAAGAUAGUGAAAUUCUGUGGGGGGUUUCCACUGGCCCUUGAAGUGAUUGGUAGUUCCCUCCGUGGUGAGUCUGCAGCAACCUGGGAAAACAGAAUGCAGAACUGGACUUCUGGUGAUUCUAUUCUUGAUUCUGUGCCGGAAAUUGAUCUGCUUGAACGUCUCCAAAGCAGUCUAGAAUUCUCAGAUAAGAAGGUCAAGCCCAAGUAUGAGGUCAUCAUGAAGGAGUGUUUCAUGGACAUAGGUUCAUUCCCAGAAGACCAAAGGAUCCGUGUUGCUUCACUCAUUGAUAUGUGGGAAGAAUUAUAUGAGCUAGAUGAAGUUGGCACCAUUGCCAACCUUCUUGAAAUCAGUUCGCGGAAUUUGGCUAGUCUUGUGGUCACAAGGAGAGAUGCAAGUGAGGUUGGCAGAUACUACGCUGAAGACUUUGUCUUACAACAUGAUCUUCUUAGAGAGCUAGCUAUCCAUCAGUGCAGACAGGAGCCAGUAGAAAAGAGGAAAAAAUUGAUUAUGGACAUUAGUGGUAACAAUCUUCCCAAGUGGUGGACUGAACAGAAGCAGCAACAUAUCAGCUCCCACCUUUUGUCUAUCUCAACUGAUGAAAAUUUCUCAUCAAAUUGGUGUAAGAUUCAACCACCUGAAGUUAAGGUUCUAGUUCUGAAUUUUCAAACAGAGAAUUACACCUUGCCCGAGUUUGUGGAGAAAAUGGAGGAACUAAAGGUUCUUAUAGUUACCAAUUAUGGUUCUUUUCCUGUUGAAUUAGGUAACUUUCAGCUACUUGGGUCUGUACCCAAUCUAAAGAGAAUCCGAUUGGAGAAGGUUUCAAUUCCUUCCAUUUGCAAGACUCUAUCAGCAUCAAGGAGUUUGGAGAAGAUAUCCCUGUUUAUGUGUCAUAUUGGUCAUGCAUUUAGGAAUUGCAGUAUCCAGAUCUCAGAUGCACUGCCAAAUCUAAGGGAGAUAAACAUUGACUACUGCAUUGAACUGGUGGAAUUGCCUGCUGGGAUCUUUGAUAUUAUCAGCCUUAAGAAACUCAACAUCACCAAUUGUCAUAAGCUGUCUACAUUGCCAGAAGGGUUAGGAAAGCUGAGGAAUUUAGAAGUUUUAAGGCUUAGGUCAUGUACUAAGUUGUUGGAGUUACCGGAGUCGAGUAGAAGCCUCCAUAACUUGGUGGUUCUUGACAUCUCCGACUGCCUAAGCAUUAUCAAGUUGCCAAAGCACAUUGGCGAGUUGUGUAAUCUGAAAGAGUUCCAUAUGAAAGGGUGCUUGGCAUUGCGUAAUCAGUUGCUACUAUCAAUCCUGGAUCUUAAGCACUUGAAACUUGUGGUAUGUGACGAAGAGAGGGCCAAACGAUGGGAGCCUAUCAUGGAGUUACGCGCGGACUGCUCCCGGCCACAGAUAAAAGUGGCGGAAAAAGAUGACAACUUGAAAUGGCUUGGUAAUCGUUUCUGAGCAUGGUUUCCGAGCAAGCCAGAGUUUCAAUCCUAUUCCUGCUAGGCUAUGUGCGAGCACCCUGUUUCAAAGUCUGUCUUGAAGAAUAAAGUUGGUUUUGUAAAUGCACGCAUUUGUCCAUAGUAUUAUCACCAUAUGAUUAUUGAAAGAUAGAAAAAGAAAGUUUCCAUAA